GCGUGCUGCCGCUUCUGCUCGCAUGUCACUGUUCACUUGCCGUACAAUAUCCACUCCCUCACCACGUAAUGAUCGCUCUAACGGUACAUCUUUCCUAACAAACAUGAGAGUGGCGUCGCUGUAUCAGAGGCAACACAAGCGAAACACGUGACAGGCAUCCGGUUUCACGGAGGCGGCAUCCGCAGCUGGUCUGCAAGUUUGGCGGCGGCUUACAGGGGUGCGCGGGAGCAUUCCCACACUGCCUUGCCUCUUGAUGCGGAGGAACGGGGCAACAUGCAGCAGUCUCCCACAAGGCAGGCAGACGCGGACCAUCUACCGCGCGCUCGCAGACCGUACAAGGCUCACGUGCCGCAUAUCAGCAUCACCGACAACGACCAUCAUGUCACCGAGGCCAUAGGGAGUUACUACGAUGAGCAGAGUCCGACGCACAACAAGCGCGUUAGUCACUCCAGCCCCAGCACGACCACGAGACCGUACAGCUUCAUGCCUUCAACGAAAGAAGUCAUCGAGAGUCGGGGGAGCAAGCGGGGCGGGGGCUACUUUGACAUGAAGAGCAAUGGCACGAGCCCGACUCGGAAUCCUUCCGAAAGGGUGCGGUCAGGAGAGCAGACAUUGAGUCCGGUAGAGACUGGAAGUUUAUCGCCCAUCUCGGUGCGACGUAUGGGUUCGGUCGAGACGAAGAGUAGCGCUGGCUCUCACGGUAGUGCUGGCCAGGUGUCACCUCCUCCUCUCACUCGCCAGGCGUCGACAGAGACGGCGAUCCAGCAGUUCCCGCUUAACGAUAUUGACUACGAGUCAAGUCCGGCGGCGGUGGCACAGGAACUUAGCAAUCUUCAGGCGAUACGGCGCAUGUCAAUGAAUGUUGACAAUGGGGACCCGGAUCUGGCUGGGUUCGGCACGGUGGUGCCAACACUUGCUCCGAAGCCGACAGAGACAGAUGAGAGCGAUGCAUCUCAGCUAUUCUGGGUGCCGGCACGAUUACACCCAGAGCUGGCGCCGAAAGAGUUCAAGACGUUCAUUGAGGACCGCGUGGAGAAGAUCCGAAGGAAGUCGGGAGACAGUGACAGCCUGUCAGUGGAAGGAUUGGAUCGGUCGGGUUCCGGAAGCAGCAGUCUGAGACGCAAGAAGAGUAUGCUAUCACAUCAGAUCGACACGAAAGGUGAAUACGAGGAUGGCGCGGAACGGUUGGAAAGAAAGCGUUCUAAGCGCUUGCAAAUUGAUGGUCAAACGACUGUAGCCAACCUUGCUGAUCUGGAGUCGCUGGUGAACGAUCCCGAGUCUUUGCGGAGGCGGCUCAGUCUGGACACUGUAUGCCGUUCGCAGGAUUCAGGGAUUGAGGUGCCGCCGACUGAGGACAUGCCCAUAUUGCCUCCCGGUGGUCAGACACUGAAGCGCUCCACACGCACAACAUACCGUCGGGGCAGUCUCAAGAAGGGCGAACGGGUACCUUUCUCGAAGCGUGCGCAACAGCGUCAGACGGACCUGUCUGAUGCCGACGAAACACCAGCACAGUCUCCCGUCGUGGCCAACAUUGAUGAGCGAGAGCCGAUUCUUGGUUUGACUAGGGUUCAGACUGAACCUACUCCGCUGCCAAGCUCCAGUGAGACGGGCGCUGAUUAUAUACCCAGCGCUCGUCACACGGCACGGCGGAGGGCCGCACUCGGUUCCAGUCAAUCAAGCGAAAAUCUUGCCGGCAUUGAGCCUGCACGUCAGAGUCAAGAGCGGCGCCGGUCACCUCCACCCAGACCAUCGCAGGACGAGGAGGAGUAUUUGGCGGGCCGUAAAAGCUCGCAGCAGCCACGACAGUUCCAGUCACGGCUUGCAACGGGAGGGCGUACUACCGCGCAUCUACCGGGCUACACCAACACUAACCCUUUGCCGCAAGUCAUUGAAACGCUACCCGACGGGACGAAGAUCCCUAUCGGCCCGCUUGUCCAACAGAUUCCUGAGCGCAAAGCAUCUCAUGAGUUUCCUCGGGCUGUCGCCCGCGCCGGAGCGCACGUGCGGCCUCCAGGUCGGCCGUCUACGCUAGACGACCUUUCAGGGAACCCCUCUCCACUCCCAGGACACGGCGCUACCCGUACCGAUGCGCUGACUAUGGUCCCAACCUUUGAAGAUCGGAAGCCGGAGCGGAAAGACAGUACGCGGAAAAGCAGCUGGAAAUGGCUCAUCGGCACAGAUGACGAGGAGAAAGAAAAGGAGAAGAAGGCCGCAAGGGAGGAGAGAGCUCUUGAUGGAGGCUUAUCAGCCGCCGCCAAGGUCAAAGCAAGCAAACUUUCGAAAGCACCUGCGGAGAAGGCUCGACUGGAUGUGUUACAGAACUCGAUCGAUGGCACAAUACCAGCUCGGGGCCGAGAAAGUAUUGUGCUCAACCGAGCCGACGUGCAGUUGGACGACGAAAGGAAGAAAGAGAGCAAGAAAGCGUCUGAUGGCGACCUGAAAGACAAGAAGAGAAAAGCGGAUCGUGGCCUUUCGCCUAUCCCUUCACCACGGAUCCUGAAGCCCGACAUUGACUAUAACUGGACCCGCUUCAGCAUUCUGGAGGAGCGGGCCAUUUAUCGCAUGGCACACAUGAAGUUGGCCAACCCCAGGCGGGCCUUGUACAGCCAGGUCCUACUCAGUAACUUCAUGUACUCGUACUUGGCGAAAGUGCAGCAAAUGCAUCCCCAAAUGCAGAUCCCGUCCGCUCAACAACAGCAAGCGCAGCAACAACAGCAGCAGCAGCAUCAGCAGAAGGCGGCGCAGCAACGCAAGGAUGACCAGCCGGCGGAGUACAGCCAGUACCAACGUUGGCAGGAGGCGCGGCAAGAGGCGCACACUACGUCUGGUGGCCGACCCAGCACCGAAGUAGGGGGAGGUGCUGGCGCCUCUCGAACGAGCUACGAAACGGACGAGCAUUCGACAGCAGGUUACGACCACCGGGAUUCGGAAGAGGCUAAUGGCAUCAUGACCGGCGGCAUCUCGAGUGCAUCACCGCAGACAUCGGGAUACAGCGUAGCCAGUACGCACGACUAUCUCGGAUAUCACAAGGAUGAGCAACCAUUUAGCGCUGGUGCGGAUGGGAGGCUUUGGGACGAUGAGAAGGCGGAGGGGCUAUGGUGACACUGCUCGAUUACGAAGCGCUGUCACUGCCGCUACGCCUUACGGACCCGUUGCAGCAAUACCACGACGAGCCAGCAUAUGAGGGGCCUGUAUUAUACACACAUGUCUGCCUAUCUGUACAUGUACGUGUUAUCUCCAUUUGGGGAGAUAUAUGACGGCGGUCACAUUUCGCUUGGCACGCACGACCACUCUCUGGUGGAUAUGUGCCAUCACCGAGAAUAGUGCAGGAGUGAAAACUGUGGGAACUGGCGCCUGUCCCUACCCAAUCAGGCCAAUGCUACUGACAAUUUACGCCAUUGUGGUCUAUCGGGCAGCCGUUGUCGAUCGCCAUCUAGAUUGACCGCUUGCAGGUGCAUGUGAGCACGCGAGCAGUUUCGUAGAUUUGUUCGAGACCCUUGGCGCCUCGAGCACAGCCACGCUGCACGGUGACGGCAUCAGU